GAACACCUCUAGACUUUACAUUUCUAUGGAACAGGUGCUCGUGUCUGGUUAAGACGACAAUCAGCCCCAUGUGAUUUCUAGGACUAACAUUCACAAAAAAGGAUAAACAAAAGAGUCCAGAUCGAUGGCCGGCAUCAACAUGAGAUCUAGUAAAAAGAAGAAGAAACAGAAAGAUGGAGAGAAGAUGUGCAAUGACAAUGAAGAUGACACUGUUUCCUCAACAAUUCAUGAUACAGAGGAGAGAGGGGAAAGUGUUUAUAGACAUAGUGAGGAUUUGACUCUCAGUAAAUCUCAUAAGAAAAAAAAGAAAAAGCGAAAAAGGCAUUCAGAUGAAGAUGAUUUACCCAAUACAAAUGGAUUAGAAAGACACAAUAACAAUGGUAUCGACAGCGUAAAUCAACACCAGAAAAAACAUAAGAAGUCGAAAAAGAGAAAAAGGCAUUCAGAUGCAGAAAAUGAUUUGGCUGGUAUGGACACUGUAGAUCAAGACCAGAAGAAAUUGUCUAAACGAAAAAAGCAUUCAGAUGGAGAUAAUGAUAUAGCUGGUAUGGACAGUGUAGAUCAACAUAAGAAAAAACACAAGAAAUCAAAAAAGCGAAAACGGCAUUCAGAUGAAUUACCAGUAGAUGAUGACGUGCCUGAUAAGGGCAGUAGAGAGACACACCAGAAAAAAGGAAUUUUCCACUCCUUUUGCUCAGCACUCGACUACCCAAUGGAAAAACCUAGUUGUGAAAAUCCACAUCUUAUGGAUGAUCCUGCAGAAUGUUUUUCUGAUCAUUCAAUGGAUUCCGAUGAAACAAUGGAUUCAAAUGAAAAUGAACAAUCCUCAGUAACAAUGGAUUCCAAUGAAAAUGAACAAUCUUCAGUAGAUCCAGAUUCUGCGACAAGAAAAUCUUCAUCAGAAAGUUCAAAAAAGAAGAAACGACCAUCAACCAGUUUAGCCUUGCCUUUAACUUUGACUGAUGAGGAAGCAGCUAUUGUACACAAUGGAAAAAUUUCAAGUUUGCAAAGUGAACUUAAAUCUUACAAAAAAAUGGGAAUAAAUAUCCGUGUUGGAAAAUGGACACAGCAGGAAGACAGUAUUUUGGUUAAGAAUUAUGAAGCCUUUAAGAGUGAGCAUGCAAUGGAAAUGGAUAACGACUUCCUCCUGCAAUUGUUAUUUGAACAAUUUGUAUCAAGUACAAAAGCAGACAGGGCCAAGGCGAGGAAGUUUCGCAAGCACAGCAACUUCUGUGUUGAACUUGCUGGUAAUUUAAGAAGAUUACCUGAAAGCGUAUUGGACCGUGCCAGAAAAAUAUUGCCUGCAUGGAAUACUGGACCUUUCACACCUGAAGAAGAAGAAACCUUGCUCAGUCUGCAUAAAAAGUUCGGUAAUCAAUGGACAAUCAUUGGUUAUCACAUGAACCGGUCAAGAAAUAGUGUGCUCGAUCACUAUCAAGUCAUUAAAGAUGGUAAAAGGAGGAAAGGAACCUGGACGAAAGAGGAGAAUGCCGGAAGCAGGGACGCCGCAAAAUUUGAUUCAUCAGUGGCAAAGAUUAAAAGCCAUAUGUGGCGUAGAUAGCAUGAACUUUGAUCAAAUUCGAGAAAAAUUAGCUGAAUUUUACAAAACACAUGUCUGAAAAUCCAUUACAUCCAUUGAAUGUGUAGACAGCAUGGACUUUGAUAAAUUCCCAGGAAUAUUAUUGAACUAAAUAUUAUCUAAAUAUCUGUCGAUUUAGAUCCUGUUGGCAGCAUGAACUUUGAUGAAAUUAGAGAAACUUUAGCUGGUUUUUAGUGUCCCUUCCAGUGAAAUUAGCGGGAUUAUAGGUUUUCUCUUUUUCAGCUGUAGCUAGAGAUGCUACAAUGCCAACAGCAUAUAAUACACUGGCAUGAAGCACUAAAGUAUAGAAUUAUCUUAUUAAUACCAAUAAACGAGAGAAAAAAAUAUAACAGUAUCGUUAAAUGAUUGCUUAUACCUAUUAAGACAAAAAAGAUUAUAAUUAUAAUAUAGCAAUUUAUUCUGUCUUGACAUUGAAUUAAUAAAGCAAUUUAUUAUUUUAUCACAUUCAGUUCAAAUAAUAAAAAGCUAAGAUAAAACUUUUGUUGGAUGGUGAUAGCGUGAUAUGAAAAUAAACAGCAGCCUGUUGUUGUUUUCAAUCCAUCAUCAUAAAAAAUAGUUCUUUUGUCGGUAAUGUAGUAUCUGUACUGUGUAUCAAUUAAUUCACAGUUGAACAGAGAAAAGAACUAAUUAUUUAAAAAAAAAUAGAGUUUACAUCUACUUACACGAGUGGACACAAUUAAGUGUUGUUGGGGAGGAGGGAGUGAAUAUUUGUAUAACUAAUUAGACAUGAACAUUUUGGCCCUGUCAUGGUCAAAGGCGUUUUGUUUUGCCUUUGAUCAUUGAUCUAUAUCUGUCUGCUUAUACCAACUUGAAAUUUUGGUUAAGAAGUUGCCAUUAGCUCAUUAACAGUGUAAAAUGCUGAUAUUUUGCUUGAAAAUGUAGCCAAAUUGAACUAUAUUAGAUAAAAAAAAAUUCAGACAUGGGUUAUGUUUUAACUUGGUUUUUUGCAUUCAUUUUCUUUUCUGUCAAAGCUGAACUGGGAUAACAUAUUUUAUCGAGGAAUUUUCCUGCUUUUAAGUUUAUUUAGUUAUAUGUUAAGAACUCGUGCAAUGUAAUAAAAAAAACAGGACAGCCAUAAGUCACAUUCACACUGUAAUAUUGACAUGUACGGAAGCCUGGACUUGCCAUUUUGAACUGAUUUUUUAUCCAAAUAUAUAUGUUGUUAUCUCGAUAUAACCACACUGUUAUCUCCACCCUGUUAUCUCGAUAUAACCAAUAACCACACUGUCAUCUCGAUAUAACCAAUAACCACACUGUUAUCUCGAUAUAACCAAUAACCACACUGUUAUCUCGAUAUAACCAAUAACCACACUGUUAUCUCGAUAUAAUCAAUAACCACACUGUUAUCUCGAUAUAACCAAUAACCACACUGUCAUCUCGAUAUAACCGAUAACCACACUGUUACCUCGAUAUAACCGAUAACCACACUUAUCUCGAUAUAACCAAUAACCACACUGUUAUCUCGAUAUAAUCAAUAACCAUACUGUUAUCUCGAUAUAACCAAUAACCACACUGUUAUCUCGAUAUAACCAAUAACCACACUGUUAUCUCGAUAUAACCAAUAACCACUCUGUUAUCUC